CAAAAAAUUUCUACGUCGGUUGGUUGUUGUGCGGCAGUCGUUUCGGCACGAACGAAUGAAAUAUAAGAAUUUAAUAAAAUGCACUGCAGCUUAAAAGUUUUAAUUUUUUAACAAUACAAAUUCUUAGAUAAAAGGACAUGCAAGCUAUUACAAACUCCUUUCAGAAGUAAUAACAACAAUACUCCAAGGGAGUGCGCGAGCAAGAGUGAAAAGUGAAAUUAUUUUCAACUGGGCGUUUUUAAACAAACACGAAACUGGCUCAAAACGACAAGCUAAGUUUCUUCCUGAAGAACAUGCAGGAAGAGGAAGAGGAGGAGGAGGUGACGGACCUAAAGCUACAAUUGUUCCACAACACAGUACGCGAGCACAUCAUCUUUCUGCUGCUGAUUAUAUUGCUGUACUUCAGCUCGUAUGUGGUCGUCUCGCGUUUCCGUCGUCGUGAUCGCGACGAUCUCUACUCAAAUGACGAGGACGAGGUGCUUGUCUAUCGCAUAAGCUUCUGGCUCUGCACCUUCACACUGGCUGUGGCCGAGGGCGCAGCUAUGCUGCUCCCUGUAUCCAUAGCGAGCAAUGAGGUGCUGCUGCUGUACCCAAAUAGCUACUACGUUAAGUGGUUGAACAGCUCACUCAUUCAAGGGCUGUGGAAUCACGUAUUCCUCUUCUCCAAUCUGUCGCUGUUCAUUUUUCUGCCGUUUGUCUAUCUCUUCUCGGAAUCGACGGGUUUUGUCGGCCACAAGAAGGGCAUCCUGGCGCGCGUCUAUGAAACCUUUACAGUAUUUAUAUUGAUGGCCAUUAUUGUUUUGGUUUUGACUGCAGUGCUUAGCGCGAUGUUUGGCAUUGAAAAGUUUCAAUUCUUUUGGUUUCUAAAUUUGGGCAGUGUUCACCUGCCGUUCCUUUAUUCAUGUGUCUCAUUUCUGGGCGUAAUGUUAAUGCUGAUUUGUACGCCUGUUGGUUUCGUUCGAUUGUUUGGCGUUGUCAACCAGGUGCUGGUGCGGCCCCUGCUGCUGCGAGACGUCAACGAGGAGUUCAGCGUCUUCUACAUGGAGGAGGCGAGCGUUAAACGCAAAUUGGCCCACAUUGAACUGCACAAUGUGAGCAUCUCGGAUGCCACCAACGCCACCAAUCGCCUGAUCAAUGGCAAUGGCAUCGCACACAGCUAUCUGCCACAGCCGCUGCUGCAACAUUCGCUGGCGCAUUUGUAUCAGCGCAAAACGCUUGCCGCCGGCAAUGUGGACGAACAGCAGCAGAUGCUGAAUGAAAGACUGAGAGAAUUGUACAGGGAGCGCAAGGAGCUAGAUAAGCUGCGCAAAUCGAGCACCUUUCAGCGUACCUUUGUCUAUCCGCUCGCCAUGCUGCUGUUGCUCUUCUGCACAGCCGUCACCACGCUGCUCGUUGUGCAAAACACGCUUGAACUGCUCAUUGGCAUCAAGGCGCUGCCGCUGAGCACAAGGCAAUUUACUUUGGGCAUUUCAUCGCUAUCGAAGUUGGGACCUGUUGGCGCUGGCUUGGAGGUGUGCCUCAUCUUCUAUCUGGGCGCCACAUCCGUGGUGGGCUUCUACAGCAUGCCGUUCAUGAGCAAUGUGCGUCCGAAGCGGCGCCAGACUUCGCUGCCACAACUGAUGUUAAACUGCGCUUUCAUGUUGGUAUUGUCCUCGGCUCUGCCACUGCUAAGCAGAAUUAUAGGCAUUACCAACUUUGAUCUGCUGGGUGAUUUUGGCGCCAUCGAGUGGCUCGGCAAUUUUCAGAUUGUGCUGCUGUAUAAUCUCAUUUUUGGCACAACGACUGCUCUGUGCCUGGCCAAUAAGUUUACGGCGACGGUGCGGCGCGAGCUGCGCGCACGGUUAGUGGAAAACUAUGUGCUCUUUACUAACUACAUGAGCUUCAUCAACUGAUAUUUAAUACGGCGUCGCGACAAACUCUUGCAAACACUACAAAGUCAGCGUUGCGCUGACAAACUGCUAACACAUUUUGUCGAGUCGCCCCUUAAGAGUCUAGCUAGUUUAUAUGCCAAGUACUACGAUCUUAGCCGCAAGAGUAGUCGCAAUACCACCACCGCUAGUCGCCAGGCACCAAGCCAGAUGGACUGUUGAGGAGGAAGGUUCACCUUCCAAUAUGAUAUGAUACGAAAAAAAGAAAAGAAACAACAAAAUACAUUUUAUACAGAACUGAUAUUGCUAGUAAAAUGUUGCGCUGUUAUUGUUGUACUGCUUAAUUGUUGUAGUUUGAUAAUGCUCAUAUUAGAAUUUCACAUAAAUGUAGAUGGACAAACGUCUAUCAAAUUUAUUUUGUAUACAACAUAAGCUGCUGUCAACAAUAUAAGUAUAGUUUUAAAUGUAGGUGUUUUUGAAAAUUUAUUAGUCUGAGUCUAUAGUCAAAGUCGAUGUGUUAAUGUCGAUCUUCAACAAUUCAUACAUACAUAUUUAUAUCACAUUAAUGUAUUUUUAAUUUUGUGUCCCAUUGUCAUUACAUUAACCAUACACAAAUAACUUAUUUUAGCAUAUAUACAUAUAUUUUUAAACAUUUGUA